AUUUAUGUCAUAUGCUAAGUACGUUAACGACGUCUCAUUAUACAUAAAUAAAGUAAGGGCCGCUGAGGUUAUUAAGAACGUAUGUCACCUCGAAGCAGAACACACUUAAACUUUAUUCAAAGAACAUCAGAGUGCCAUCGGCUUCAUUUUUCCAGUUGCAAGUUAACAGGCAUAACAAUGAAAUUCGCGAAAAUUCUUCAGCUCACCAUCUUCCUCUUCAACUACAUAUGGAUAGCAUCUUUGGCAGCACAACCCAAAGAGUGUAAAAUGCCAAAAAACUUGAAAAACCGAUACCAGGCACUGACCAAUGCAGUAGUUGGCAAAACCUUUUAUCUCCCGUCUAGGAUAAUUCCUGACAACAAAAAGAAAAUGCAAAUGCAGGGAAAGAAAAAAAAUCACCCAUCUAAAGGUGGUCCUAGCAUCCUAGUAGCUUCACAAUGCCCUUCGAAACAUAUCAAUAUCUAUGACGAGUCGGUUUUCCCUCAAAAUCGUACUGAAGUCAGGUGUAACACUAAAAGCUGUUCAGGCACCGGUUACCAAUGUCUGACUUUAUUUUCUAAAAUCACUGUCCUCAAACGGACACAUGAAUGUACCCGUGGGAGGUAUGUGUAUAAGCCAAAAGUAAUUCAUGUAGCCACAUCCUGUGGGUGUGGAUUGAAAUCCAAUAAACCAAAAAGAAAAAAAAUGUCAUCAUAACGUUCUGCUAUCGUACUGUCAACGGCGUGUAAAGCUAACGAUAUUAAAAAUAUUACGAAAGCUUAAGUAGACCACAAUGUGAUUAUCAUAAUUUACUCAGAUGCACACACAUAAUUACACGUACACAAAGAAACUUACAUCACAUAUCCCCACAUUCACAUGUAAAUAUAUAUAUAUAUAUAUAUACAUGUGUGUGUAUGUGUGUG